UUGAUGUUGGGCUCGGCACCGCCUCUCCCAGACUGCUUUAUGUCUGGCAGCAGAGACCAUGCGCGGUCGCCAUAUUACGGAGCACCCCUCCCCUUCAGUCCCGUCACAGCACAGAGCCACAGCAGCGGUGCAGGAGGCUACAUCCUGAACAACGCUACCGCUGGGGAGGACCAGUGAUACAGCAAAACCAAGACCAAAACGAGGAGUCAGUGGAAUGGAUUAAACCCUUGUACACCGCUCUUAAGUGAUCGUAGUCGGUUUUACAUCGCUGUGCACCGGAUAAAAGGUUGCUUGUUUACAUUUUCUUUUCUUUGAACAAAUUCAGCAGCUAAAACGACUCGCUAUAGUCUGUGUUUAGCUAGCCGGUGAUGGAGACUGGCAGCUAGCUAGCUGACGUUACUCUUCUGUCAGGCUAGCAUCUAAUAUAAGGCUAACUUACUUAGCAGCUAUUCUGCGUUUAAUACCAGCGGCUGUUACAACAUAGUUUCUCGGCAGAAAGCCCACAAAAUGUUAGCUUGUGUUUAGCAAAGGCACAAACGGACAACACUGGUAGUUAGCCGGCGAAUUAACAUUGGCAUCAGCUGACGUUAGCUCGCUAGCUACUCAGCAAGCAGCCACUAGCUUCUUUUGCCUCGCUAACUGUCACCGGAGAACACUGGAUCGUGUAUGAGAGGCUGUAAAUAUUGGCACAACUUUGUCUGAUAAUCCAGAACAGCCGGUUCAGAUAUUUAUUUUUUUUGAUCGUGUUGUCUGUUGAUCGUAGUUUAGUCAAAACGGCGCCGUUAACGAACUGCAAGCUUAUCACAUACUGUCAGAGACCAACUACCCCCCGGAUUCUCUCGAAAUGCAUCAUCCGGACCCUGCAGGAGACUCUGGCAGUGUUAGAAAGAUGGCGCACCCGGCUGUCUUUCAUAGAAGGGGUAGCAACACGGGCAGCGGGAGCGGCUCCGCGCUGUCAGCACCGGCAAACCCGGUGGUCAAUAACAGCCACGUCCCCGCCGAUGAUUAUCAGCCCUCCCUGUUGAUUCAGUGCCAACCUCCUGCUGGUUCAUCCUCCCCGGGUCCCCAUCACAUCCCACCCCACAGCCUGAAUCUGCAGCCCCAGCCCACACAGUCGACUGGAGCUCAGAUAAAGAAGAAGAGUGGCUUCCAGAUCACAAGUGUGACUCCAGCACAAAUAUCUGUGAGUACCAACAACAGUAUUGCAGAAGACACAGAGAGCUAUGAUGACCUGGAUGAGUCCCACACAGAGGAUCUCUCUUCUUCAGAAAUCCUGGAUGUGUCCCUCUCCCGGGCUAAUGACAUAGUGGGAGCAGAGAGGAGCUCCUCGGAGGAGACGCUGAAUAAUUUCCAUGAUGCAGAGACCCCUGGAGCUGUCUCCCCCAACCAGCCUUCACACCCCCAUGCCCUGAACCAGGCUCAGCAGCAUGGUGGGACCAUGGUGAAUGGGACUGUGCACCAUCAACAUCCAAAUCAUCCUAACCAUGCCCAGGUCUACUCUCUGUCCUCUGGGCCUGGGAGCACCCCAUCUGCCCUCACUUCUGGAGCUUUACCUUGUGUCACCCAGAAAAUGCCUUCUAACAUGGGGGUCCUUCAAGAGAAUGUUUCCCAGGCUGCCCCUCCAAGUAUUGUUGCUCAGCCCGUGGGGGUUGUGGCCCCGGGAUCUGUCCCUGGAAUGCACAGCUCUGCUACGGGCACUACAGUUAGCAUAGUUAAUCCCCAGACCAGCACUGUUAGUAAUGUGAAUAUGUUGAGCUCUGCCAACGUGCCUGUGAGAGGGGGGAUCAGCACGAGUGUUAGCAGUAGCAGUGGUGGCUUUCCUCUCAAUGUGAUAAGCGGCGGUGGGGGGAGUGGAGGUGGUGGUGUUGCAGCUGGGGGUAACCUUAUAACCACCACUAAUGUCAGCAUGAUCCAGCAACCCCAAAACAUCAACUCCAAUAUCGCUAUGACUACUACAACUACUGCUGCUGCUGUCAGUGCCUCUGGAGGGAUUGGACUCUCUGGUGGGAUCCAGGGAAGAGUUGGGUCUGCUGUGCCCCCGCCUGUGAGUGCCCCUGUCACAGCUGUGGCCACAGCCUCUGUCCCAUCUGCUCCUGCCCCAACUCCAGCCCCUGCAGUGGCUACCACCAGUUCCCGCUUCAGGGUGGUGAAGCUGGACUCUAGCUCUGAACCCUUUAAGAAGGGCAGAUGGACAUGCACUGAAUUCUAUGACAAGGAGACCCCGGCUUCUGCUCCCAGCUCUGCUGCAUCUGAUACUGGGUCUCUCAGCAUGCGUCAGUUUGUCUCUGAGAGCUUUGCUGGGGCCUCAGAGAGGGAAAGCACAAGUGGUAGUUCUGUGAGUAGCACUAUGAGUACAUUGAGCCAUUAUACUGAGAGUGUGUGCAGUGGAGAGGCUGGGGGACCCCCAGUCCCCCAGCAUGCCCAGGAUUACGCCUCCCCUCCUCAGGGCUUUCAAGGAAUCCUCCCCAGUGGCUUAAGCAUGGGAGUGUCCCAACCUCACAUGCACCCCCAGGAUAUUACCCAUUCACAUUUGAAGACUACUGUGGCCCCCACGGCUCCCACUAGCAUUCAUCAGCCUGCUCCCAUGCCAGGUCAUCAGACUGCCACUGGACUCCCUACGCAGGCUGUACCCCAGCAGCAGCUCACUUACGCCCAGGCAGUUGCUAAUCAAUCCUCAGGCUCCACACAGGGCUUAGUGGGUGUUCAGCAGCAGCAGGUCGGCUAUGCCACCAUGCCACAGCAACAAUCUGCUACCCCCCAAGCUGCCCAAGCGCAGGUGAGGCCACCCGAGUACACCCACCCACACCAAGGUAUCCCCCAGGCUGCAGCUUCUCAAUCUCUGCCCAACCAAGCUGGAUCAGCUCCCUCGGGGUCAGCUAAUGGAGCAUGUCAGAUGAUGGGAGGCCCGCAGCAGUCACAGGCACUCCUUCACUCACAGGCCCAGCAGCCCUCCUCCCUUCAGUCCGCCACCUCCAGUAUGCCCCCUCAUGCUGGAGCACCAGGUCUUGGCCAGCAGCCUCAGAGCCACCCAGGCCAUCUGGACUGCCAGCAGCAGAAGCCACAGUCACUCCCAACACAAAUCCAAAACCCCGGCCUGGGCACCCAGCUGCCCACAACAGUCCACCAGAGCCAAGUGUCUGCACCAAGUGUGCCUCCUCCAAACCCUCCGAGCGCUCCCCAGACCCAGCCCCAAGCCCACAACGCUGGGAACAGUGGUAGGAUGCCCCAGCAGGGUGUUCCACAGAGCCAACUGUCUUGUGUCAGCAUGUCCCAGGACCACAGCAGCGCCCUGGCCCUGGCUCAUGCUGCCCAGGCCAGUGCCCUCUACGCUAGUCUGCCCACCUUCACCACCACUCAGCUGCAGGAUGCCCAGCGGCUGCUCUUCCAGCACCAGUCGGCUUUGUUGGGGCUGCCCAAGCUGUCUGGAGGAGAGGCUGGAUCUGGAUCCAGCACUGGCCAGGGUCAAGAAACCGAGGUCAACGCCGCUGCCGCCAGUGCCUUAACUGCAUCAGCUGGUCUCAAGGCUGUGGAUGGAGAGGAGGAUGGUUCGUCAGGAGCCAGCGUUGUGGCCAUAGACAACAAGAUUGAACAAGCAAUGGACCUGGUGAAGAGUCACCUGAUGUACGCCGUGCGUGAGGAGGUGGAGGUCCUAAAGGAGCAGAUCAAGGAGCUGAUCGACCGUAACUCCCAGUUGGAGCAGGAAAACACCCUGUUGAAGACGCUGGCCAGCCCAGAGCAGAUGGCCCAGUUCCAGGCCCAGGUUCAGACCGGCUCCCCGCCUGCCCCUCCAACAGCUGCCACACCGGGACCCCCGAGCGCCGCUGCCCUCGCCCAACCCACCUCGCACAGCUCUGGCCCCUCGGCGUAGCCUGGUCUGCACUGACAGACAGACAGACAGACAGACUGACUUUUCGGUUCUGCUGCGGCAGCAGAGCUAAACCUUGCCUUCUACAGCAGGAGGUUACGCUGUUAAGACAAGAAUUUGCACAUAUUUAUCUCUCAGAAGGAUGCAGCUAGCGGGACGAGCGGUGCGCUGCUUUACAGCACGGUGGUGGAGGGUGACAAUCUUGACAUGCUGUAAAGGGGGGGAUUGGUUUCAGCGGAGGAUUGAAUCAUCGAACAUUUGCCAAAUAACCCUUGGACAUAUCAACUAGAAUGUCUUACCAAGAAGAAACAAAACAGCUUAUCAGUGGCGACAAUAUACUUAGCUAUUGAUUAAAAACAAAAAAAAUCACUGUGCCUGUGUCUGGAUUUUAAGUGAUGUCGAUUUUACUGAUGAUGACGGUGGGAGAGCAGGAGGUGGAGGAUUGUAUUGGUUGUUACCUUUUCUUGCUGAAUGAUGUAAAUAAAACCGGUUCUCUCUCAAGGGUAGAUCCUAACGUUACAGGCUGAGAGAUUUGAGAGAGAGGAAAAAGCCUUCUCAGAGUGACAAAUGAAGAAUGUGAGCAAUUAUUAUGACAGAGUCCCCAUCUGGAAUGGGGGAGUUGGGGGUGGGCUGGGGAGGGGGCGGGUGGGUAUUCUUGAACAACACUUGGCAGCAUUGAUGACGUUACUUCAACUGUGGGUUGGUGGGAUGAACAAAACGUGGUUUCUUAUGGAGAUGAUGAUAUCUAUUUCAGUAUUUCACUUUCAAGCUCCUCAUUUUGCCCUCGAAAAAGCUCAUCAUUGCUGUUCUCUCAACCCUGCAGUGGCAUGUAAUUUAAACCUUAUUUGACAGGGUUGAGACAUUGGGCUAAGCUGCAUUUUCUUUUUUUUUCCUAAAAAGUUUGAUGGGCAGAAGAUGAUGAUGUAUAUUUCUGUAUAGUGUAAGUACCAUGUAAAAUAGUGAGGAGAAAGGAGAAAAACAACAGAGGCUAUCUUGGCCACACAGAUUGAAGCAGGUGAGCGGGGAACGUGCUGGUCUUGCCCAGUCUGUGCCGUCUAUUUUUAAUGCUGUAUUUUCAAGACUGUGGAGGAACGGGAGUUUAGGUUAUUUAACUGACAACACACAGACAACAACGGUGUCCAUAUCCCUUACUGCUACAUUAACUCUUACUGUAAAAUCAUUUUCACUUGGUUCCUUUUCUUUCUGGAGUAUUGCACCUUUAUCAUUUUUUUUUAUUUGACAGUGAAGUACUUUUGGAUGAACAAUAUCUUAAAACUCAACAUUUAAAAAAAGACACAAAAACAAACUCUAGAGAUGUUUUCUCUUUCUUUUUCAUUCUGUGUAUCAGUUGUAUGCUCAUGUUCUGUGCAUGUUUCUGCAAAGACCGGUUGAGAUAUUGUAACAUACAUACCACAAUUGCACUUGACAGCUGCACUUCACAACUUUUAAUAAACAUGCUUAAGGAAGAAUAA